AUGACGGGGCUGUCAGGAAAUGGUUCUUCGGAGCCCAAUGAAAGAGAAGCUUUGAUCAGCGAUAUCAAUCGAGCUAACUCAGGACUUCGUCCCCGACACAAACAUCGCCGCCAUUGGAGUUACUGGCCGGCGCAAGCAGUUCACUUGACAUGGUCCACCCUCGUUCGAGACUAUGUCAACCUGCUCCUCGUUUUCGUCCCCCUGGGUAUCAUCGCUGGGGCCCUCCAUUGGGACAGUACCGUGAUAUUCGCCCUCAACUUCAUGGCUAUCAUUCCGCUUGCUUCCCUGCUGAGCUUUGCGACCGAAGAGCUGGCAGCUACUAUGGGCCAGGCUUUGGGUGGACUGAUGAAUGCCACAUUCGGUAACGCGGUAGAGCUGAUCGUCAGUAUCAUUGCCCUCAAAGAUAAACAGAUCCGCGUGGUCCAGGCCAGCAUGCUUGGUAGUAUCCUAUCCAACAUUCUACUUGUGCUCGGCUGCUGCUUUUUUGUUGGCGGUCUUCGUUACUCCGAGCAAACCUUCAACAGCACGGUUGCGUCGACGAUGUCUUCUCUCAUGACGGUUGCAUCGGCUUCCCUCAUUAUCCCCGCAACGCUUUACGCCUCCCUUUCGUCGUCCACAAACUCGAAGGAAACUCAAAAGAAUAUCCUCAUUCUGUCUCACGGGACAGCCAUCAUCCUUCUGAUUCUUUACGUCAUGUAUCUUUACUUCCAACUCAAGACCCACGCGGAACUCUUCGAGGAAGCCAACUCCGACAACGAUGCAGAAAAUCAAGGCCAGGACUCGGGGGAAGCUGAAGAGGAGCACCUGCUCAGUCCGUGGGCUGCUACAGUAGCUUUGGUCAUUGUGACAAUUUUUGUGGCCAUCUGUGCCGACUAUCUUGUCGGUAGCAUCGAUAGCAUCGUGGAAAAGACGGGCAUGAGCCGAACCUUCAUCGGUCUGAUCCUUAUCCCUAUCGUUGGAAACGCUGCGGAGCAUGUCACGGCGGUGGUCGUUGCUUGGAAAGGCAAGAUGGAUCUUGCCAUUGGGGUUGCCGUCGGGAGCAGUCUGCAGAUUGCCCUUUUCGUGACUCCGUUCCUUGUCAUCCUAGGCUGGAUCAUGAACAUCGAGAUGACCCUUCAUUUCCAUAUUUUCGAAACCGUUGCCUUCUUCAUAUCCGGCCUGGUUGUGACCUUCCUGAUUCAGGACGGAAAGUCCAACUACCUUGAGGGCGGGCUAUGUUUGGGAAUGUAUGUCAUUCUGGCACUUGCCUUCUACGUCUACCCGGAUAAUGUGAAUGAAGACGCUCUCUUCAACCCUUGA